CAAAAGCUUGAAUGUACAACAUUUUGUGAUUAUUUUUUCUUAAAAAGUCAUUAUUUUAGUAUUUAAUUAGGUGAUUUUAUCGUACAAUAAAAUCCGGAAAGGAAAUAAUUAUCUUUUGGUCGAUCAAUAGACGUCGGCUGCCGGCAACUAAUCAAAAUCAUCUCAUCCUAUAGUUGUUUAAUAUUUAAUUAUGCUUUAAAAUAAUAAUAAGCAUGAUUACUCUACCAAUAAUGUCUUUUUUCUAAUAUAUAUUAAUUAAUUUAAGAAUUUAUAAGAGAAAUCUUGAAAUGUGAUACAGUCUUGUAACCUAAAACUUUUUGGACAGAUAGUUGAGUGCAUGUGAUUCUGCAAAUUAUAUGUAUGUGCGUAAAACUGCUUUUGUUUGUGUCGUCACUCGUCAGUACAGUGUGCGACUUUUCUCUUUUUGAUUGAUGAAAGACAAGAAAAAAUUAACAUAGAAGAAAACAAAAAAAUAUCUCAAGUUUGGAAUAAAUUCAAAUUUAAAGAAAAAUUUAUUUUAGUAAUCAACUUAAAUAUUUCUGAAUGACAUACAUAUUUACUUUAUUUUACCAUAUUUACGAUAAAAAAAAUUGUGAUGUUGCUAUUUUUUCUGAUUCGCUCAAUUUUAAAGGGAGAGGAAAGAGAAAUUAAUUUUAUCCAAUCAUAAUUCUGCUAUUAUAGACGACAUACGGGAGUAUUUGACAGUAACAAUCUGGCUGUCAUUAAUGAUAGAGGGGAUACAGACGUAACAGAAGCCGGUAAUUAUUUAUGGACGUUUUUUCUUUUAUGAACAAUAUUAACAAUAGCUAUUGUGUUUAUGGUUAAAUCAGCUUAGAUUUUGAAUCAAUAAUAAAAUUACAUUAAUUUAUAUUUAUAAAUUUAAGUUUCAUUGAGGUUAGAUGUAUCACGUUGAUUGAGAACAUUUUUUCACACAAAAUUAUUCGAAAUGUUGUAUUUAAUUGGUCUUGGACUUGGUGAUGCUAGUGAUGUAACAGUGAAAGGAUUCGAAAUAAUAAGAAAAUGUGAUAAAAUAUAUUUAGAGGCGUAUACCUCAAUAUUGACUGUAGGAACUGAUGCACUGGAGAAAUUUUAUGGUCGUUCAAUUGAAUUAGCAGACCGAGAAUUUAUCGAAAGCGGUGCUGAAGACAUUUUAUCAAAUGCUAUAAACAAAGACAUAGCAUUAUUAAUAGUUGGUGAUCCUUUUGGAGCAACUACACAUACGGAUCUAGUUCUAAGAGCUCGAGAAAGAAAUGUUCCGGUCCAAAUAAUUCACAAUGCAUCAAUAUUAAAUGCCGUUGGCUGUUGUGGACUACAACUUUACUCAUUUGGAGAAAUUGUUUCAAUUCCUUAUUGGACAGAUAGUUGGAAACCUGCUAGUUUUUAUGAUAAACUUUCUGAAAAUAUGAAAAGAGGACUUCAUACAUUAUGUUUAUUAGACAUUAAAAUUAAAGAACCAACAAUGGAAAGCAUAAUGAAGAAAAAAAAAGAAUAUAUGCCACCAAAAUUCAUGAGUGUAGCUGAGGCUGCAAAUCAACUUCUUAGUAUUAUAAAAGAAAGAAGAAAUAACAAACAAGAAAUAGUUCUGGUAGAGGAUAGCCUAACUGUAGGUUUAGCAAGAGUUGGAUCCAAUGACCAGCAGAUUAUCGCCUGCAAUUUGAGGCAAAUUUCCUCAAUUGAUUUAGGUUUACCUCUACAUUCUCUCGUUAUACCUGCUCCAAAAAAUCGACUUCAUCCUUUAGAAAUUGAUUACUUAAGACAAUUUGCAUUAAACAAAGAAGAAUUCAAUCAUUUAUACAAAAAUUCUUAACAUUUUUUUUUAUUAAUAAUUUGAUUUGGCUUUUUUAUACCAUUACGCGCAAUGUCAGUACAUUGUUGUGUAAUAAAACGUAGUGGUGACCAUGGAGUCAGAAUUAAUCAAUGG